UAUUUAUCGUUUUAAAACAAACUUUAGCAACUUGAUACAAUUUUCAAAGAAAGUAAACUAAUCUACUGAAACAGAGCUAUGAACUUUGAUCUGGAUGAUCCGUUGGAGGGCCUUCUCAGUGAUGGAAGCAAUGAUAGUUUAUUUGGCAACGAAAAUGCAAAGGUAUCAAAGAAAUCGUCUGCGUCCAGUAAACCGGAAGUUAAGCAAUCGAAGAUGGAAGAUUUGUUUGGUAUUAAAUCAGAUGCUCCCAAAGCAGAGCCGUCAAAACCUGCUGCCUCCACUACUGGUGCUGAAAAAGAUGGUCAUGUUUCGUUGGACUUCCCCAAACCAAGUACAUCCGGUCAGCCUUCAAGUUUGACUAGCUUCCAGGCAAGAAGAACGAGUACUCCUGUGAAGAAAUUGGAAACCGCGCAAAAGAAAGAGAUUACUUUUGAUGAUAGUGAUGUAUUGUCUGACUUGGGAUUUGAUCCAAAGAAACCUAAAACUAAAUCUAAUAUAUUGGACGAUAUUCUUGGUGGACCAAUAAUAACCACUAGUAAAGAGAUUAAUUCGAAGCAAAAUAAAAGUAAGCAAUCUCUUGGAGUGGGAAAAGAAGAGACUGCAGGCAGUAAAUCAAUCUCGAGACAGUCGACUGAAACAUCGGAGAACUUGCAAACGGAAAGUACCAUAAUGGGAGGAUAUGCUCCCAGUGGUGGCGGAGGUCCUCGACGAACCGCCAGACGAAAGUCCUCAACAGCACUGCAUGAUCCUCUAGGAUUGUUUUCGACACCAAUAGAAGCCAGGAAAGAUGUAAAAUCCAGCAAGAAAAGUGCUGAUUGGCUGGGGUUGAACGACGACAACAGCACUUCAAAUGAUCCUGAACCGAUUCCGAUUCCAAAAGUGGAUACUGAUACUCCUAAACAAGCGGACGUAGUUAAGCCAUCAACCCCCGUUCCUCAAACUUCCGUUGCCCCUGCGCCAAUGAUUUCAACUACUCCAGUAGGACCUACUAUUGAACCUAUUCAAAUUCCUUUGACGGCUAUGUUAAAACCGGAUAUUGCAACAGCUGCCAAAACGAUGGAACUCCUAAAUAGUGACACUCAAAGUGCUCUCAACACCAUGCAACAGCAGGAAUUUCAGCUGAUGGUUGCAAAACAGAUGAGAAGCCAAGAACAAGCGUUGUUGGAAAUGCAACAGAAACAGCAAUCGAUUUUGCAAAGACAAGAGUCUCAGUUCAAUGAAUUGUUGCACAAACAGAUUCAACGCCACAAUAUGCUUGAGGAGGUAAUAUCGAAGCAACAGGAGCGCAUCAAUAGCAACAUACAAGUCAUGAUGUCUCAGCCACCUCAAAUUGCGCCCCUUUUGAUGGAUCGGGUGGAUGUAAAAGGAGCGAAAGGAAACAUUGAUAGCAAACCAGAAGAUCCUUUGAAUAAAGUCGAACUGCAAGCAGAGCUCAAGCGAAUGGAAUUAGAGAAACUACGAUUGGAAGAUUUGAUUUCUAACAUUACAGCCAAUCACGAACAGGAAAUUACGAUGCUUGAACAGAGCUACAGGAAGCAGAUGGGGUUUCUGGAUGAAAGCCUUAAAAUAAUGGAGUCUAGAAUGAAGUUGGAAAACCAGAAUUUAGAAGAGUUCUACAAGGGCAAACUAGAGAAGCUAGAAAGCGAAAAGCAGCAACUGAUUGUUGAUCAUAAUCAGAAGGUGCAGGCAAUGGAAGAAGCGCAUCGAGCGAUGGUAGAGAAAUUGAAGGCCAACUAUGAGGAAUCUCUGGAAAAUCUCAAGGGCGAGCAUAAAGAAAUGAUCAAUAAUAUUCGAGAAUCGAAGAUGUUAGAAUUUUCAGUACUCCAGGAAAAUCAAUCGUACAUGACCAUGCUUAAAAAUGCUUCCCAAUAUUUAGAAAAUGCAUCCGGAGAUUUACAACAGCUGAGAGAUACACUCCACGAUCAAAUUGAAUUCACUCAAAAGGAGAAGGAUAUUCAGUUGAAAGCCAGGGAGAAGCAGCUGGAUGAUCAGCAAAGGAUAAUGGAGAGGACGAAAGAAGCGACUGAAGCGGAGAAAGCACGUUUGCUCAGCCUGGUAGAGAUGUUAGAGGGAAAGCUUACCGAACUGACAAAGACUGCUUCAGAAGAACAUUGGAACUAUCAGCAGAAACUGGUCAAGAUGGAUGCCGAAAGACAAGCUUUUGAAAAAGAAAAAGAUUCGGCGCGUGAGCGCAUCGCGCGAGAUGAGAAACGAAUCGACGAACUGAAACAUAUUCAGUUGGAAGAGCACUCUCGUUUGAUGCAGAAAAUACACGAUGAGAAGACACUUCUCCAAGAAGAAAAGGUAAAAAUCGACACUCUCUCAAAAAUUCAGAAGAAAGAUCAGUCGGAAAUUUCGCGAGCGGAGAUCGAUGCGGCCAUCAAGGUCGCAGAAGACGCUGCGAAGCAAGCUGAUGUCGAGCGGGAACGACUGCUGCAGCUUCAACGCCAGUUCGAAUCCAAGCGUCGAGAGCUAAUCAACCAGGAAAGUCAAGUUAGAAACAAAUCAAGCGAGCUGGAAACUGCUAUCAACAGUGCCAAAAUGAAGGAGCUCAACGCGGAGAAUGCGUUCAAAAGUAUCAAGCGAGCGGAGCAGAACCUGCAAAUGAAAAUGCAACUCGUGCAGCGACAGUUUAGGGAGAUAUCAGAGCGAGAGGAUCGGCUAUCGAAGGAUAAGAUUGAACUUAGCAAGGAGCGAUUGGAGUUGCAAUCUAUGCGAAAGCGAUUGCAAUCAACUCGGUGUAGCUUAUGCAAGAUCGGUGAACGGUCACAGGAGAUUGGAGAUUAUAUUACAGCAGUCAAUAAUUCAGAAUCUGUCGCCGAUGAUCGGAAGUUGGAGGCCAGUUUCUUCGAAAUGCAACAGCAUCGAGAUCUUGGAAAGAUGGAUCAAUUCAUCGAUGGGGAUGUGGAAAGGCAGCUGCAAAACUUUUUGGAGAGAAAUCGAUUGGAUGAUGUGGGAACGGAAAAUGGAAAUUUUAUGCAGAACAUAGCCCAGAAUGAAGACGGAACGAUUGAUACAGAUUUGCUGAUGAUGAAGUUUGACGUUCUGAAGUCGCAAAAUUUUUUCGAUCAAGGUGAUGAGAAGAAGUAGAAAUGAAAUAGUAACAAUUUAGGUAAAUGCAACUUUGCAUGUUUUUGAUUUUAAAGCUUUUAUCAAAUGUAAAAUAACAUGAUAUUUUUAUGCGUGGAAUAAAUAUUGAUAAAAGA